AUGGCGUCGAACGACAUCGACGGCGCUGAAGCCCAAUGGCGAGCUCAAUUCGAGGCCAUGAAGGCUGCUAUUUCUAGCCUUAACCUCUCUGCCGACACGAAGCCCACAGAGUUAGAUUUUGACGACGAUUACGAAGGCUAUUCUUCCGGAAAUGCCGCUCAGGAUGUGUGGGACUUCAUUUCUGACGACGAUGACGACUACAGCAGCGAUCAGCUGGACGGUCCCGACGGUUUCGCCCAGGCAGAAGAGUUCGGCGCCGACUGGUUCGUCGGUAAAUGCUCCGAGGUUGCGGCAAAGAAUGGCCUUUCCGGUGACGCCUUUCAAAACCAGGUCCUCGGAGUAUUGACCCUCGACAGAGGUGAGGACGAGGUUCAGUCCCAGCUCACCGAUCUCAUUGGUUUCGACGACCUUGAUUUCAUCAUCGAGCUCCUCGCUCACCGCAGCAGUAUCGUCACUGCGGUUACGUCCCAGGACACCCAGGAGGGCUCUGGCGGGCGGAGACUCCUGUCCAAGGCAGAGCGGGAUGAAGCUCUUCGCAGGAAAGACUACGAACACAAGACGGCUGUACUCGCCCCUCAUGUCAACCGGGAGAACGAGUACCCGCACGUGUACAAGGCACACUCUGCGAAUAACAGCCUGAGCCACUCGGGCCGCAAGUACGCGUUGCCUGAGGGUAGCAAGAGGGAUAUCUUCGAAAAGUACGAGGAGUACUCGAUUCCUGCCGGAAAGAAGGGCACGCUGGGUCCUGGACGAAAACUCGUCAACAUUGCCGACAUGGACGGCCUUUGCCGGGCCACCUUCAAGGGCUACAAGUCCCUCAACCGCAUGCAGAGUCUCGUGCAUCCUGUGGCGUACAAGACGAACGAGAACAUGCUCAUUUGUGCACCUACUGGUGCUAUGCUGCUAUGCUCACCUUCCUGCAGACUUUGGGCCAUUAUGGCCCACUUAACCUUUUGGAAAACCGUCGGUCACUGA